CUCCUGCACAUUGGAUGGCAGACUCCUCAGGCGGGAGUUUGCAACGCGGGACCACACAUUUGUGGGCGCAACCGGUCAGUUCAGAGGAGCGGUUCCGGCCGAAAGAGUCUGUUACUCUGUGCUCCCUGCUUGGAAACUUUUAGGAUACUCUGUAACAAACAAUUUUUUGCGUACCUCUAUGGAAAUGAAGGACAUAUUCACCCCAGACUGAAGACCCGCCAUUUAGGACUUAUUUAUUGACUCUUUUUUGUAAACAGACAGCAACUUUUAACUAUUUUACCUGCGUUUUUAGGCACGUGUACUAUUACUGUACUCACAAUGGCUGACAGCAAGCAUCCGCACGUCAUUUUCUGCAACGACUCACCCAAAAGAGUUUUGGUUUCUGUCAUCAAGACUCCAAUCAAACCCAGGAAACUGGAGACUCUGACUCCCACAAGUCCAGGUUUCAGCGACUUCAUGGUCUACCCUUGGAAAUGGGGGGAAAAUGCCCACAAUGUAACCCUGAGCCCGGGCUCGGCGAGCGGGGCCGCAUCCCCAACCGGGUCACAGACAGCCAGGGAGGCGGACACAGCUCCGUCUCCUGAUCAGAUCAAGGAUGGUAUCCGGAGAGGCCGGCCCCGAGCAGACACGGUGCGGGAGCUGAUAAGCGAGGGCGAGACCUCCUCCAGCCGGAUCCGAUGCAACAUCUGCAACCGGGUGUUCCCCAGAGAGAAGUCCCUGCAGGCUCAUAAGAGAACACACACAGGAGAGAGACCCUAUCUGUGCGACUACCCUAACUGCGGGAAGGCGUUUGUCCAGAGCGGUCAGCUGAAGACUCACCAGCGGCUCCACACCGGCGAAAAGCCAUUUGUCUGCUCAGAGAAAGGAUGUGGCAGUCGGUUCACCCAUGCAAACCGUCACUGCUCCAAGCAUCCUUUCUCUCGUCUGAACAGAGAAGAACCGAAGGCGGGUCUGGGAAAGGCUCAGUCUGUGGAUAACAAGGCAGUGGCAGAGUGGCUGGCUAAGUACUGGCAAACCCGCGAGCAGCGUGCUCCUACAACCACCAAGAUGAAGCCGCAGGGCAAGGCGAGCACGGAGGACCAGGAGCAGCAGGAUCCCAUGGAGUUCCUCCACUCUGACGAGGAGAACGGAGAGGAGCCGGAGGCCAUGGAGGAGGAGAAGGGUAACCAGGGCGGGGCGGCCAAGCGGCGCCUUCAGGAGCAGAGAGAGCGUCUCCACGGCGCCCUGGCCCUCAUUGAGUUGGCCAACAACCUGUCGCCCUGAGCUCCCCCGCCCUCUGACCCGACCUCCUCCUCUAAUCCGCCUUCCUGCAGAACGUGCUGUAGCUAAAAGUUCUUCAUAAACGCAGAUCAAUGCCUAGUUUAGUUGUAAAACCAGACUUUGAGAAAGAAUCGGACUUGGCCUGAGAUCCGUGUUAAAGCACAGAAUCACCCCCUCCCUCUCAGCACCAGGAAGGCACAAGCUAAAGCACCUUACUCAGCUUCCAUUUUAACCUUUUGGCUGCUAUGAACGUAGGUUUGACAACAUGAAGAAUGUCUCUUUCCUCUGCCUUCUGAAGGCAAAGGAAGAAUACCUAUUAUGUUUUAAUUUGAUUUUGUUUUGCACUUUGGUAACGAGUUUUUAAGUAUAUUGUGGGAAUAAGUGUAUGACUGAUGUAUAUAUAUGUGUGGAUUAAGCUCACAUGGACCGAAUGAUACAGGGUGUGGUCACAGAUCCAGCUGUCAGAUGGCCCAGAUGAACUGAGAAAGCUGAAGUGAAAUAGUUUUAGCCUCACUGUUACUACUCUGUUCACAAACCGGGCGAGCAGCGACAAAACGAAGCACAUGACAGCCAAUCAUUGCAAGCGUAAUCCAGAAGUCUGAUCAUGCAGAAGGUCUUAAAAACCAUAAAAAGAAACAAACAAACAAACAAAAAACUCAGCCCCUAAAUGCUGCCAUGUUCUGCAGAACCAACAAAGUAGUUGACCAUAUUCUGUGUUCAGGACUUUAUGGAUUCAUAGUUUCUGUUAACAAUCCAGUUUUUCUUGUCACAACUAGGCAUGGGCCAGUUAGCACCAGAAAGGUUUUUAAAAAAUUCCAGUGUCAAAAACAAAAAACGCUUCAGUUUGCCAUCACACUUUCUCUGCAGAGUGAAGUUUUUAAAAUGGGAUUUUCUUCAGUUGUGUGGAUUAUGCACACUGCUAAUCAGCUGGCUGAAAAAAGGCUCUUAGAUUUUUUUCUCUUCUGGCAUGUAAAAAAAAAAGAAGCAAAUUCUGUUAUUUGGAAGUAUUAAAAAAAAACUCCUCUUGUGUUUUAGGAUUGUACCAUUUUAAAACCACAGAAAGUGCCAAUGUGAGCGAGAAUAGCCUGCUGCCUGUUCGGAGUCUAAAGCAUGGCAUCGUUUUCCUCUCUUCCUUAAAAGAAAGGCUAUUUUGGUCGUUUGUAAAGAUUUCCCAUCACAAAUGACACAAGGAGUUGUGUUAUUUAAGGAAAGAGCAACUACAACAAUAAGGCAAUGCCACUUUAAUGGAAAGGAAAAGCUGACAGGCUGUAAGUUUUCUCAGGGCAGUGUGUAAGCACACCUUUCACCCCUACCUGAUGCUGCACACUGCUAGUUAACUGGCUGAAAGAAAAGGAUUGCACUUAUUUCUUUUCCUGAAUAGUUUGACCAGUUAGCCAGAUAUUAGCUUUUACUUCUAUCUUAACUGCUACUGUGUUUUAUCUUGUGUCUUUAGAUUAACAAUUUAAAAAAGGGAGACAGUCAGUAGCUUAAGUAAUAAUUGUUUUUCUUUUUAUGCAGUAAAUUAGGUCACAUUAUUCAUUUAGUUUAAAUACCAUAGUAUUUUUAUUUAGGAUUUCUUUACAGUACUAAUCUAAAUGUUGGCCCAUGUCUAGUGACAAGAGAAAGCCUGCAGGCGAAAAGUCGUUUUCCAUUCAUGGAUCGUCGUCUUUUAUAUUAAAAGCUGACAGACCAGAUGUUGAUACUGACAUGGCAUCAUAACAGUGUGACAAUUCUGUCAUCUCAUUUUAAUUUUUCGAUAUUUAUUUCACUUCCUUUUUACAAUUUUAUUUUAUUUUUUUAAAUUUCCGACAUCUUGUUCGAAUAGUCGAGUGCUGGAAUCAUAAUUUAAAAGUGUGACAUAAUCCCAAAGUUUGUAAAACAUCAAAGUCACAAUGAAGCACUUACCGCCCGGAGAGGCUCGGAUUAAGCUUGCAAUGCAGUAAAGAUUUGAUUUAUUGUUUGUUCUGGAAAUGGUUUGUAUUUUUCAUAAACUGAUUUGAGUGUU